AUGAACAAUAAAUAUUCUUCGCUCAAGAAGAUCAGUGCACAAGAAGAUAAGCAGAAAGAAAAAGAAAUCCUUCGGCUCCUUAAGAAAAAACGUCAUAUACUUGCUCAGAACCUCCAGUUCAGAAGGAAGGAAUGGUUAGACCAGAUCGCUAACACGGCUAAUGCAUCUAACACUGAUGGUGGAGGUAUUCCAGGAAUAGGAGAGUACCAACAAUAUUAUAAUGAAGGAGCAAUCAAACUCAUACAUCCUGACUUGAUAGAAUUUAGAGAAAGAGAACGAGAGAAAGAAAAACUUAAGAAAACUGUCCUUCCUUAUAAAUAUGAACCCGAUAAGAUCAAAUCGUUACAAUUAAUGGAGCAAUUUAAGGCAGGCCAUCUGAAGAAAGGAAGUUAUGACGCAAAAGCACCUUCAAGGAAUACAGGGUGGCUUAGGCCAAGAGUCAGGGAUAAUGAGAUCAACCCAAAGUUAAGAUAUUCAACAAAGACUGAUAAUGAGAGACUGAAAAUAUUGUUUGAGAAUACUUCAAGAAUUAACCCAGAGCCAUUAAAUACAAAGACAUUGUAUGACACUCCUUAUAGAGACUACAAGAAAUCUAAAUGAGCUUCUAAAAAGAAUUUCAAUGUUUAUAAAGGACAUAGACAAAGACAGUGGAGUGAAACUAAAAUUAUUGCAAAAGAACCAGAACCAUACACUGAAGCUUUCCGAGAGAUUGAAAGAGGCAGAGAUUCUUCUAGAGAAAUCAGUGAUAGAGUAUUCUCUGGCACCAUUCCCAGGGAUACUUGGAAAGAUAGGAUUACUAAAUCUACAUCUUUAAGAUCAUACAUGGGCAUUAUAGGAGCUAUUAAAUCUGCCUCACCAAAUAUCUCUAUCGAUCCUCAAAGAAUGAAUAUGAUAAAAAGUACUGAUGAUAUACGUAGAUUUGCAGAUUCUUCUUUCUUAAUGCAUGAAGAAGAAAAUGAACAGGAGGAAGGUAAAAACGUUGAUGAUGCUGUUGAAUAUUUACAACUACUUCAUUCUCCUAAAACUGCUCCAAUGAAGAACAAAAAUUUAAACUGGACCCAUAGUAAAAAUGCUUCUAUUCAAAAAGACAAGAUAAACGAAUCUGACAUUCACGACAAAAUCAAAUAAACUCAAGACCUACUUCAAAUCAGCACAAGGUUUCAUCGCACAAGAACGAGCCAAGCACCCUAUCCGCAACCAAGCCCUCCACAAGCCUGUUUCCCAAGUCCAUCACAUGACCCACAACUCUCAGAAUGCCUUCCAAAUGUCACCUAAUUACACUCAAAAUUCCUUCAACCCACCUACAGAGCAGGCUGUUCCCUUUUCUCCUCCUCGUGCUUCCAAAAACGGUGACUCCAGGCUAAGCGUCCCUAUGAAAACAUUGCAGAGGGAGCUUCCUUCCAUCACUGAGAGGCAACAACCCACGCUUAUUGAAGAAUGCGAAAUCGAAGAGUAAAAUCAAGGAAAUACUGAGCAAAAAUAUGCAGAAUCCUUCUAUGAAACACAAGACUAUUAUUGAUGCAUAUUUUAAAAGUUAAG